AUGGCCGGUCUUGCUGGAUUCCUGUAUGCCGCCGCUCCUCUCAUAUCUCUCAAAUUCGUUGCUGCAGAGGGAGUUGUCAAGGCGGCACAGGCUUCUACAUCACCAGCACUCCAAUUAGCACAAGUGGCGGCAUCCGUACCAAAGCCAGCAGCAAAUCUGUUGUCAUCAACGCCCCUUUCAAAUACACAGAGACCUGCCGCGCCGGCCGUAGCACUAGCAACUUUGGCUUCUCAAAUCCCCUCCAUAGCGAACGCGGGUAUACCGUCGGUUGCCGGCCAGCUUCAACCUCCACAAGUCAUUGUUGAGACGAAUUAUAUCGUAUACACUCAAGUCAGGACUGCUGCCCCGUCAUAUAUCACUGUUACGCAAACGAUACGACCGUCUCCUCCUCCUCCUCCUCCUCCUCCUCCAUCACCACCUCCUCCAAAGCAGAUACAGCCGCUAUCUCCGCCGAAGCAGAUUCACCCUUCACCGAUACCAAAGCAAGCGCAACCUCCUUCACCACCCAAGCAAGUUCAACCCCCUUCAUCGCCCAACCAGGUCCAACCUCCUUCGCCACCACAGCAAGCAGAACCACCGAGACUCCCAUCUCUACCUCCUCCUGCGGCCAAGAGUCAAGCACCUAAUGCAGUGCCACUUGUGAUUCCCGCCCCAUUAGUUGUACCAGCACCGUUGAUACUGCCUUCAACACCGACUCCAAAGACGACGCCACAGUUGGCUGCUACUUCACCUUCUCCGCCGCCGCCGCCGCCGCCUCUAGCAGCAGCACCUCUAGCAACGACACUCCUCAGCACUCCGAAUCUACCACCACCACCGCCAGUUCUCAACCCGAUCAUGAGUGCUCAGGGGCCAGAGAGGGGUGGAAUGCCCAAUCUGAGCCCGAACCCGCAGGCUCAGACUGGUCCUCCCGGCGGGCCUCCUAUGGGACCUCCUGAUCCGGCCAACGGAGCGUUCCCGGGUGGUAUACCCAACAAGAACAUCGACUUGCCGGUCACCAUAAUGUUCAUGGUGUUGUUCAUGCUCGGUGCGUACGUGCACUUGAGUAUUUACCGAAGGAAUGCCAAACGUGGUCACAAGUUCCUGAUUUCAGAUAUCGUCUUCGACUUCUGUAUGAUCCGAACAGUCACUUGCAUCUUUCGUAUCACAUGGUCGAUUGUGUCGACCCGAGGGGUUGUGUUGCUCGCGUUGAUCACCGAGAACGGAGGUGCUGCCCUUAUGUUUGCCGUUAACAUAUUCUUCGCCCAACGCCUGGUCCGCUCGAUCCACCCAAAAGCCGGAUGGUGUACCGCGUUCAGUCAGUUCAGUUUGAUUCUGCUCUUCUCGGUUCCGGCUUUUAUCAUUCUGAACAUGACGUCGACAAUCAUUGCGUUUUUCAGUGUUGGCAAUGUAGAUCGCCUAGAAACUACAGACGAUUUGCUCAAAUUCGGAAGUUCAUGGAACACGUUCCUCUCCAUAUUCCCUGUCCUUGUAGUAAGCGGAUGCCUCUCUGUGCCAGGGCCCAAGCCAGAGAAGUUCGGUUCUGGCUCACAAAGAGUCAAGGUGGCCCUGCUUUACCUGGGCUCUUUCCUUUUGAUUACCGGACAGUCCAUUCGUCUGUUCGCCGUCUUCAAUAAGGAAUUACCAGGAGCCACGCCGAGCGUGAUUUACGGCAAAGCAGUAUUCUACACGACGGGGUUCUUCUUUGAGCUCAUAGUUGUCGCACUCUACGCCAUCAUGAGAGUUGACCUUCGGUUCCACAUUCCCAACGGAGCACGUGGGCCCGGGGACUACUCUGGCGACAGGGACAAGGGCAGCUACUCUGUCGAAGAGAUUGAACGGCUCAUUGACGAUUUGGAGGUGCCUCAUCAGAUUAUGCGCGAGAGAAAGGGACCGGAAGACAUGGAGAUGGUAUUCACCAUUUUCUUCGCCACCAAGGACGCCGGAAAGGAUAAAGAAAAGAAGGAUACUGGGGAAGAGUCAGACGAAACGUCGUCUGGUACCAACGCCGAAGAUGCAGCAUUGCCGGAGAGGCCAAAGAGAAUUACGAGGAGGCAAACGCUCAUCGAUGCCAUCAACCGACCACCACGGCCGCCGAGGACGCCGUCAGCGUACCCUGACAUUCCGGACAUGUAUGCCCAGAUAGGUGAACCAGAGAUGCCGCCGAGACGUCCCACGAGGCCAUCCAUGUAUUCUCAGUUCGACAACGGGCAAGCAUACGACGCCGGGGCCGACGCGCAGUAUCGGCAGCAAUACUGGGGUGCAUCACCGCCUUACGGAAACGAGAAGGAAGGCAUGAAAAGCGUAGACUUGAGACGAUAA